AAUGAGUCUCUCUGGAGAGAGAAAGGAGGGGGCCCUGCCUCUAAAAUGAGUCUCUUUGGAGCGAGAAAGAAGGGGGUCCUGCCUCUAAAAUGAGUCUCUUUGGAGCAAGAAAGAAGGGGGUCCUGCCUCUAAAAUGAGUCUCUCUGGUGAACAUGGCACCAAAGCUAAGAGACCAAUCAAGCAGGAGAGACCAGCCUCCCCUGUUCCCAGCUGUGUGUCCAUGAAGAGUGACAAGUCUAUGAAUCCUCCUAUAGAGUUUAGAGAGGGAGACUUUUCUACUGAACAAAGAAACCAACAGGAGAGAUCAGAGUCAGAGAUUCUCAGUGGUCAGUCUUCCCAGAGUCAUCAAACAGACCUGGCCUCCAUAUUCAGUAUGCUUGAAGAGAAAAUUAUGACAUUUGUGAAGAACGAGCUGAAGAUAUUCAAGAGGAUUCUUAGUCCAGAACUCCCAGAAGGCUUUGAGAGUCAGAAGCAGGAUAAGGAAGUGGUGGAUGCUGAAGAUGAGAAGCAGGAGAGCAGUGCCAGAGAGGGGGCUCUGAAGAUCACACUGCACGUCCUGAGGAAAAUGAACCAGAUGGAGCUUGCUGACACACUGGAGAAAAAUGAUCUUGCUGUGAUUUGCCAACGUGAACUCAAAUCUAAUCUAAAGAAGAAGUUUCAAUGUGUAUUUGAGGGGAUCGCGAAACAAGGAAACCCAACACUUCUCAAUAAGAUCUACACAGAGCUCUACAUCACAGAGGGUGGAACAGGAGAGGUCAAUAAUGAACAUGAGCUGAGACAGAUUGAGACAACAACCAGGAAACAAGCAAGACCAGAAACUGCAAUCAAAUGUAACGACAUCUUCAAACCCUUAACUGGACAAGAUAAACCUAUCAGAACUGUGCUGACAAAGGGAGUCGCUGGCAUUGGAAAAACAGUCUCUGUGCAGAAGUUCAUUCUGGACUGGGCUGAAGGAAAAGCAAAUCAGGAUGUCCAAUUUGUAUUUUCAUUCCCUUUUCGGGAGCUGAAUUUGAUGAAAGAGGACAAACACACUUUAAUUGAACUUCUUAAUCACUUCUCAAUGGAAAGCAAAGUUUCAAGAAUCUCCAACUACAACAAGUACAAAGUUCUGUUCAUCUUUGAUGGUCUGGAUGAGUGCCGACUGCUAGACUUCCAGAAGAACAAGAUCUGUUGUGACGUCACAGAGUCAACCUCAGUGGAUGUUCUGCUGACAAAUCUCAUCAAGGGAAAUCUGCUUCCCUCUGCUCUCCUCUGGAUAACUACCCGACCUGCAGCAGCCAAUAAGAUCCCUUCAGGGUGUGUUGACCAGGUGACAGAGGUACGAGGUUUCAAUGACCCACAGAAGGAGGAGUACUUCAGGAAGAGAUUCAGUGAUGAGGACAUGGCCAGCAGAAUCAUCUCACACAUAAAGACAUCAAGGAGCCUCCACAUCAUGUGCCACAUUCCAGUCUUCUGUUGGAUUUCUGCAACAGUCCUUGAACAGAUGCUGAAACAUAAGAGAGAAGAGAUGCCCAAGACUCUGACUGAGAUGUACACACACCUUGUGGUGUUUCAUACCAAACAGAAGAAUGAAAAGUAUCUUGGGAAAGAAGAGACAGGUCCACACUGGAAUAAAGAGAGCAUUCUGUCACUGGGAAAGCUGGCUUUUCAACAGCUUGUGAAGGGCAAUCUGAUUUUCUAUGAAGAAGACCUGAACGAGGCUGGCAUUGAUGUCAAUGAAGCCUCAGUGUACUCAGGAUUGUGCACACAGCUCUUUAAAGAGGAAUGUGGGCUGUACCAGGACAAGGUGUACUGCUUUGUUCAUCUGAGCAUUCAGGAGUUUCUGGCUGCUGUAUAUGUGUUCCUCUCAUUCAUCAACAACAAUGAGAAUCUAAUGGCCAAAACACAAUCAACGUCCAGGAACUUUUCUUUGAGGAUCAAACAAAGGCGUAAAGUUACUGUCUACAAGCCUGAAGUUACUGUCUACAAGAGUGCUGUGGAUAAAGCUUUACAAAGUGAGACGGGAAACCUGGACCUUUUCCUCCGCUUCCUUCUGGGCCUCUCACUGGAGUCCAAUCAGAAGCACUUACGAGGUCUACUGACAAAGACAAGAAGCAGCUCACAAAGCCAUGAAGAAACAGUUAAGUACAUCAAGGAGAAGAUCAGGGAGGAUCUCUCCCCAGAGAGGUGCAUCAAUCUGUUCCACUGUCUGAAUGAACUGAAUGACCAUUCUCUAGUGGAGGAGAUCCAAAGCUUCCUGAGAUCAGGAAGUCUCUCUAGAGCCAAACUGUCACCUGCACAGUGGUCAGCUCUGGUCUUUGUGUUGCUGACAUCAGAAAAGGAGCUGGAUGUGUUUGACCUGAAGAAAUACUCCAGAUCAGAGGAAGGUCUUCUGAGGCUGCUGCCAGUGGUCAAAGCCUCCAGAGCUGCUCUGCUGUCCGGCUGUGGAGUCACAGAGGAAGGCUGUGCUUCUCUGGUCUCAGUUCUGAGGUCAAACCCCUCACACCUGAGAGAGCUGGAUCUGAGUAAUAAUGACCUGAAGGAUUCAGGAGUGAAGCUGCUCUCUGCUGGACUGGGGAAUCCCCACUGUAAACUGGAGACUCUGAGGCUGUCAGGCUGUCUAGUCACAGAGGAAGGCUGUGCUUCUCUGGUCUCAGCUCUGGAGUCAAACCCCUCACACCUGAGAGAGCUGGACCUGAGCUACAAUCACCCAGGAGACUCAGGUGUCAGACUGCUCUCUGCUGGACUGGAGGAUCCACACUGCAGACUGGAGAAACUCAAUGUGGAACACGGUGGAGAGAACAGAAUGGAACCUGGGCUCAGAAAAUAUGUCUGUGAUCUCACACUGGACCUAAACACAGUAAACAGACUCCUCUCUCUGUCUGAGGAGAACAGAAAGGUGACAUGUAGGAGAGAGAAGCAGCCGUAUCCUGAUCACCCAGAGAGAUUUGAGGACUGGAGACAGGUUCUGUGUAGAGAGGGUCUGACUGGGUGCUGUUACUGGGAGGUAGAGUGGAGUGGGAGAGAGGCUGAUAUAGGAGUGACAUAUAAAGGAAUCAGCAGGAGAGGAGGGGUUAACGACUGUUGUCUUGGAUACAAUGACAAGUCCUGGAGUCUGUACUGCUCUGACAACAGUUACGCUGCCUGGCACAAUAAUAAACCCACUACCAUAGACGUCCCCUCCUCCAGCUCCCACAGAGUAGGAGUGUAUCUGGACUGGCCAGCCGGCACUCUGUCCUUCUAUAGAGCCUCCUCUGACACACUGACCCACCUGAUCACAUUCACCUCCACAUUCACUGAACCCCUCUAUCCAGGGUUUGGGGUUUAUUAUGCCUCCUCAGUGUCCCUAAAAUAAUAACCUGACACACACACACGCUGGACACACACACACACACACACUGGACAAACACACACAACCGGACACACACACACUAAACACACACACUCACACACAACCGGACACACACACACACUAAACACACACACUCACACACACUAAACACACACACACACACUGACACAAAUACAUGAUACAAAGAACACGCACACACACACACUAGACAUACGCACAUUUAUACACACAAACUGGGCACACACACACUGGACUCACACACACACACACACACACUCACACUCACACUCACCUCACACACACUCACACACUGGUGCCUCAGUGUCCCUGUAAAUAAUUACCACAGUGAUACACACACACACAAAACAUUGGACGCACACACACACACACACACACACACACACACACACACACACACACACACACACACACACACACACACACACACACACACACACACACACACACACACACACACACACACACACACACACACACACACACACACACACACAUUGUUUAGGGUUUGGUGCGACUCAGUGACACACACACAUACACACUGGACACAUACACACUGGACACACACACACUGGACACACACAGGGUGUAGGGUGGGUUACUAUGCCAGGCACAAUAAUAAACCCACUCUCAUAGAAGUCCCUCCUCCAGCUCCAACAGAGUGUAUUUGGACUGACCAGCCGGCACUCUGUCCUUCUAUAGAGCCUCCUCUGACACACUGACCCACCUGAUCACAUUCACCUCCAAAUUCACUGAGCCCCUCUAUCCAGGGUUUAGGGUUUAUUAUGACUCCUCAGUGUCCCUGAAAUAAUAACCUGAGACACACACACACUGGAUACUGACACACACACACACACAUAAACACACACACAUAAACACACACACACUGGACACACACAAGACAAACACACACACACAUAAACACACACAUACUGGAUACUGACACACACACACAUAAACACACACACACUGGUGUGUUUGCUGAUGUCAACGUUGUGAACAGAGUUCCCCAUAGUGGUGGUGAUGUUAUGGGCAUAAGCUACGGACAACGAACACAAGUGCAUUUUAUCAUUUUGUCAAUUUGAACCGUGAUGAGAUUCCAUUGUCGUGCCAUUCAUCUGCCGCCAUCACCUCAUGUUUCACAGUCGCAGAGACACAAUUCCUGGGAGCUGAAAAAAUGGUUCUUCCUUUGUCACCAGACAUGUCUUUGACAUGUAUGACAGCGUUCAGGCCACCAACUUUGCCAUUGAAGAGGAGUGGGAACAACAUUCCACCGGCCACAAUCAACAGCCUGAUCAUCUCUAGGUGAAGGAGAUGUGUCGUGCUGCAUGAGGCAAAUGGUCACGCCAGAUACUGACUGUAUUGGAUGUAUUUCAACUGACUGAUUUCCUUAUAUGAACUGUAACUCAGUCAGAUCUUUGAAAUUGUUGCAUGUUGGGUUUAUUUUAUUGUUCAGUGUAAUAAAAAAGAUCAGUAUUCAA